AAACUUGAAGCUAGCCAGAAAAGAUAAACAAAGAAAUGAAUGACUUUUUUAAAUUGAAUUGUGAUUCAUUGACUAAUCAGAAUUUCUUAAUGUCUCAACAGGAAAAUUAUCCAGAAAUCAAUUUCGAUGAUGUUAAAGAGCUACGAGCAAAGACUAAUUGCAAGUCAUUAAACAUUAUGGCAUGGAAUUGCGGCGGACUGACCCGGGUGAAGGCCGAAGAAUUCAAUGUCACGCUAAGGGAUUUCAAUGUGGACAUAGCCCUAUUAUCGGAAACCUGGUUCACCAGGACCGAUUAUAAAAGGUAUUUUGCUGGAUAUAAAAUGUUUAACUCAUUUCAUCCAGCAAAUAAGCACAGAGGUGGGUCUUCCAUUUUAAUUAAAGAAAACAUUACUCACAAUCUUAUCAAGUUGAUAGAGACAAAUGCUUUUCAAGUUGUAAUCGUAAACGUGCAAACUGAAUUAGACUCUUUCCACAUAGCCUCAAUAUACACUCCACCCCGUAACAUCCUCUCAACUGAGGAUUACACUGAGUUUUUGGAGGAAUUAGGCCCAAAGUAUCUGAUCGGUGGGGAUUGGAACGCUAAAAAUCCUCGAUGGGGAUCCAGGAGAGAUAACCCUAAAGGCGUAUCACUCCUAGAAGCAGUUAAUUUGGUUGGCGGGAAUUUUAUAUCCCCCGGAAAACCGACAAAUUUUCCCACUAAUCCAGGCCACCAACCUGAUCUAAUAGACUUUUUUGUUUUUAAAAACAUAAAUCUUAUUGACCACGUCUCAUGUGAUACCUUAAUGUCUAUGGAAAAAGGUCAUGCAAAAAUCAUUCUGGAGAUUUUUACUACUCCAAUCCUUGAUAAUCGU